CUUGUCUACUGUCAAUUUAUAACACCUUGAUUUCGGGCCUGAAUCAGUAGUUAAUACUAGAUCUUAUCGGUGUAAUAGUUACAAACCUGAGAAGCUUGGUGACUCUUCUAGACUCGCAAUAUAUUGUCUAAUGUAGGUAAAAAUGAGUAACAUGAGUAACGUUAUAUGACUAGAUCUACGAAAGCUUGUCACGUAACGUUCGAUUAAUUAGGGUUCACCUGGCCACGGGCCGGGAAGACUCCCCGAGUUAAUCAAAUCUAUCAGAAUUCAACCAUCCAUAAUGCAAUCGUCCCUCCACGAGCGUUCAUCAUAUUUGCUUUUCGUCAAAUAUGCCUUUGGCAGAUGUGAUUCAACGUUUCAUUGCGCAGAUUGGGAACCACUGGGGCCCUUCUGUAAAUGCAGCUUGUGAAGAAUAUUUUGAGUCAUGCCAUGCAACGGUACCAGAGCCACUGAAUCCCAUUUACGCCUCCCAGAAAAAUAUCAAGUACGGAGAGCAUGAACGCCAUCGAUUAAAUGUGUACUGGCCACAAAGCAUAGCAAAGACAGAAAGACUCCCCGUUGUCGUCUAUUUCCAUGGUGGCGCUUUUAAAGGGGGUGACAAUGAAAUUACCCCGCAUUUGCAUGCAAAUAUUGGAAAAUUCUUCGCGUCCAACAACAUGAUUGGGGUCCUGGGUACGUAUCGUCUACUACCCGAGGCUCGAUUUCCUGAUGGAAUAGAAGAUGUCACUUCGGCGCUACAAUGGAUAAAGGCCAACGUUCAUCAUUACGGAGGUGAUGCAGACGACAUCUUUGCCAUUGGCCAAAGCGCUGGGGGGGGCCAUCUGGCCAUGGCGUUAUUUUCUGGCCGAUUACAACAACAGAACGCGAUGCCUAGGGGGGUUAUGCUGCAAAGUGCAGCUCUACACUAUGAUCUGUCGCAGGAACCACGCAGGUUGAGUAUGAUUGAUUACUAUGCCACCCACGACUUGGACAGGAUUAUGGCACAGUCUGCGAUGGGGUUGUUCAGUGAGCUGGUCACCGUGGAGACCAGAAUGCCAAAGUUAUUCGUGACUAUUGCGGAAUUUGACUUCAAAGAGUGCGUGCAAGGGAACCUGAAACUGAUGCAUGCCUUUUCAGAACGGAUGGGAUAUCUUCCAGAGUAUCAAGUUCUGCAGGGGCAUAAUCAUGUUAGCUAUUGUUUGUCAAUUGGAUUACAGGGGGAUGAAGUUGGCCCGAGAAUCGUGAAGUGGGUCAGAGAAUGUUUGGGUACAAACUCACUUGGUUAGAUAUCCAGUC